AUGGCACAGGAAAUAAGGAAAUCACCAAACAUUCAUACCAGAUCUUCAUCGGCAAAUGCUGAAAAAGGAAGAGUGACAUAUUGCACCGACCUUGAAAAAUCAGUUAUAAUGAGCAACUUUGAGCGCCGCGGCUGGCUUCAGGUGGGGCCGGAAGAUGAAUGGAAUUUUUAUUGGUCCUUCACACAAAACUGUCGAAAUAUUUUCAGUAUCGAAAGCGGCUAUAGAAUGAACGAUAACCAAAUGAUAAAUCACUUUCCUAACCACUACGAAUUGUCGCGCAAAGAUUUAUUGGUAAAAAAUAUCAAGAGGUACCGAAAAGAGCUUGAGAGGGAAGGGAAUCCUUUAGCUGAAAAAGUCGAGGUACAUCUGCCCAAUGGUCAACUAGUGACACGUUACCUGCACCUAGACUUUAUGCCUACGACCUACGUUUUGCCGGCUGAUUAUAAUAUGUUUGUGGAAGAGUAUAGAAAAUCUCCCCAAAGUACGUGGAUUAUGAAACCAAGUGGAAAAUCGCAAGGAGCCGGAAUUUUCUUAAUAAACAAACUUUCUAAAUUGAAGAAGUGGUCUCGAGAAGCAAAAUCUCCGUUCCAUCCUCAAAUCACCAAUAAAGAAAAUUAUGUGAUAUCUCGUUACAUUGAUAAUCCCCUCCUGAUUGGGGGGAAGAAAUUUGAUCUGAGAUUGUAUGUGUUGGUAACGUCAUUCCGACCUUUGAAAGCCUAUUUGUUCCAACAUGGCUUCUGUAGGUUUUGUACUGUGAAAUACGAUACGAGCGUAACUGAAUUGGACAACAUGUAUGUACAUUUAACAAACGUUAGUGUGCAGCGGCACGGCGGAGAUUACAAUAGCUUACAUGGAGGCAAGAUGAGUAUUCAGAACUUUAGACUGUAUAUUGAAGGAACCCGGGGACGAACUGUAACAGAUAAGCUUUUCGCUGAAAUGCAAUGGCUUAUAGUGCACUCGUUGAAAGCCGUAGCUCCUGUGAUGGCGAAUGACCGUCAUUGUUUUGAAUGCUACGGUUAUGAUAUAAUUAUCGAUGAUACAUUGAAGCCUUGGCUAGUGGAAGUAAAUGCUUCACCAUCCUUGCAGUCAACAACGCAUAAUGAUAGAAUUCUCAAGUUCAAGUUGAUAGAUAAUAUCGUGUCAGUCGUCGUACCUCCUGACGGAAUGCCUGAUGCCAGAUGGAAUAAAAUACCAGAUGCCAGCGCUCUAGGUGAUUUUGAGCUGUUGAUUGACGAAGAGUUAAUUGAACGAGAAGAUGCUCAUUCACGUUAUAAUAAAUUUCAUCGCAUGAAAUUAUAA